UGAAAGUAAAAACUCAAAAUUCCUUUUUAUUUUAGCAAACAAUUUAUAUAACACACGUAGAAAAGUUGAUGAAACAUUUACUUUAUAAAAAUCGGCACAUCACACAAAUUGACUAAAAAAUGGAACGAGAUUACAUACGAAAACUGUCUGAACCACCUCCUUAUUACGAAUCCACAACAAUCUCUGUGCAGCAACAACCAGAUUUUAGAAUUACACCUCAAUAUCAAAACAGCAAUCAACCCCAGCAAUUUUAUCCUUCAGCUCCUUUGAUUGGAAAUUUACCUUACGCAAAUCCUUAUCAAACAACCGGCAUUGUAACUCAACAAUCUGUGGCAGUUAAUAUUAAACAAGUUCCAAGUAGUUAUAGUGCAGCUGCGUGGUUAACAUGUUUGUUUUGCUGUUGCCCUCUUGGACUUUUGUCAGUUAUUUAUUCUAAUGAGGUCACCACAGCUAUUUUAUUAGGAGACAUGACUAGAGCACAAGUUGCUUCUCAAUCUGCUAGAAACUUUGCCAUUGCAGCUUUGACUAGUGGAAUUGUUAUCAUAAUUACAACUAUAAUUUUAGUAGUUGGGAUUUAAAGUUUAUCGCUCUUUUUACUUUAAUUUUGUAAACUUUUAUAUACUAAAAAAUGGGUUCAAUGA